GAUUUUUGCCUGUUGUAUUUCUUUUCGUCAACACCAUUUAUUUGAUGGCCAGUUGAUAUUGGGCUACGAUGCGUCCCAUGUCAAAUUAUAUCGGCUCCCAUCUUCCUACCGGUUGUAAUAUACUCCGACGUUGUCAUUCAACUACCAAGUCGACAUGAGACGGCUUUUAUUGUCUUGUCCCAAUAAAUCAGCAAGGCAUGAUAAUGCACAACUGGUUGGCUCGUCCACUUGGCGCCAUUCAAAAAGGCACGCCAUGGAUCCUGCAGCGGAGGAUGAAUAGCAGCCGAGGUGUACCCGUCGGUGUCUCUGAUCCGGCCAACACGUCCAACACCAGCGAGACCCUGACAUACCCGGAACCGCCAACAUCCAACCACAACAGCCUGCCAUCAUUUCUCGAGUAUGCCGAAAGGUCAGGCCUAAACCCAAAGUCAACAGUCUACGUUGGCACUCACUAUGAGUAUCUUGUGGCAGAAAGACUCGCCAGCUAUGGAUUCUCAUUGUUUCGCGUUGGCGGAGCCUCGGACUAUGGCAUCGACUUGCUAGGGACAUGGACUGUACCGUCUGCUCCGAAUCCCAUCAAAGUGAUCAUUCAAUGCAAGGCCAUCGCCUCAAAACUCGGUCCGAGCCAUGUCAGAGAGCUCGAGGGUGCAUUUGUGGGCGCGCCCGCUGGCUGGAGGGGCUCUUGCGUGUUGGGGCUACUGGUAGGCCAGCAGCCGGCAACAAAAGGCGUGCGGGACUCUCUGGGGCGGAGUAGAUGGCCCAUGGGCUACAUAUCGUUUUCCACGGCAGAUGGGCAAGUCAGUCAGAUCCAAUGGAAUAGACUUGCCGUCAAUCGGGGACUUGAUGGCAUGGGUGUCGCUGUCAAGUAUACAGAGGACGGCUUGCCUAGGUUGACCUUGACAAUGAACGGGAUGUCUUUACCGACUGGACAAUUACCAAGGAGCGAGUCCAAAUGAAAGCAUGGCAAACCGUUGGGCAGAGCCACUGUUCGAGGCUGCCAGGGGUCUCUUCUUCUGACCGAGCCCGACGACAUGUGACCGUCCAUUCCACAUGUGUCAGUACAAAGCUCGCACGAAUAAUUAGAGGAACGCGACGGACUGUACAGUAACUAUGCAUCCCACAACAGCCCGAUAUAUUAGGUCACAAUGAGGAAACCUGCAUAUGUAAUAAUAAUUAUCUGAAGAGCCAGUUUGUACAAGAGAGUACAGAAAUAUACAGCAAACAACUGUGGGAACGAUCACGUUCUGUGGCAGCGACCUGAAGAUGAACCACUUGAGUCAGUCUUCCCAAAUAGCCUUCUUCGCUUUCUCCGCCUCUUCUAGUCUCUUCUUCUCGAGCUCCCUUUCUUCUUCUCUCCUUUUGCG